AUGCUGUCGGUCGCUGCUACACUUCGAGGCUCCAGGGCAACCCUGUCCCGCACCACUCGACAGACGACCGCCUUCAGGAACAACGCCACCCUUUCUGGAUUAAAACCUCGAUCCUCCCCUUCCUCCUCUCGCCUAACCAACAGACUCCACUCAACCGUCGCCACUGAGGAGGCUACCCAAUCGAUCCACUCCUCAAUCUCCUCUGUACCACCCCUCCGCGCAGAGGCAAACUCAACCCUACACUCCUACACCCUCAAACCCACCCGUUUCGAGCCCAUCCGCAUCGUCUGUCUUCCAGAGCUCAAACCCAGCGAACCCAGGGAGGCUGGCAAGUUUGCCGAACAUCAGCUGUCGGAGCAGAUGGCCAUCAUGUAUGCAUGUCUCUCUACAGGGGAGUUGGAUCGUGCCCGCAGAGUCUUUCUCCUCCUCCACAAGAACAACCCUGAGGAUAUGUUGGUCCUGGCUGAUAUCAAGAUGCAUAACAGCUUCAUGGAGAGUUAUAUGACGGCCGAGCCUAGCCCCAAGACCAAGGAGGCCCUCAAAUGGUUUGAGUCUCUUACAAAGUACAAGGUCAAACCUGACCUUACCACCUUUGCCAUCCUCAUCAAAGGAUUCAUCCGAUUGGACAGCAAACAUACGGCAAAGGUGAUGAUGAUGGAGAUGCAAAAAGCAGGAUAUACUAUCGACGAACUCAGACACUGCCCCAACUUGCACGGCGACGACUUGGAAAAGAUCGAGCCGGUCAUCAGGAUGCUCCAACCAGAACAGGCAAAACUCUCCCCCUUCAUGGACGACAAACUGAUCCCAACAAAGACCUCAACUUUUGCCGAGGUCACCCCCGUCAAGAACUCUAAAAACGAGCCCGUCAUCGGUGUCAAACUGAUGCGCCAUACUCUGGACGCCCUGGCCCUCGACAAUCUCGAUCUCUACGAAAAGCAGCUCAAGCUGGAGGAGCGAUCCUACGAAUCAGCACUCGACAAGCUGGAGCAUGACCGCAGCAGUAUUCCCGACCAGUUGAACCAGAUGAACGUCAAGCCCCUGAAGGGUUAUCUCUGGCAGUGGCACCAGGCCCUCAAGGCCUCUAUCAAACUAGAGCUCAAGCGCGUUGAAGCCGUGAUGGAGAAGAGGUCAGUCUCGGACGAUCUUAUCUUGGACAAGGAUCGCAUGCACUACGGCCCUUUCCUCAAGCUGCUUUCGCCCGACAAGAUGUCCAUCAUCACCAUUCUGGAACUCUUGCGCCUGAACAACUCCGGUGGUAUCAUUGAGGGCAUGAAGUCUGCCCGCGCCCUGAUCGGAAUCGGAAAAGCCAUCGAGUCCGAGUACAACGCCGAACAAAUGACCAAAAAAUCCAACAAGGCUCUGUUUGACCAAAGAGUCAACGUUCAUGAGUUGUACGGAAAUGGACGUCUUUUCAAUAUGGCAGUGCGCAAGGCAGAGACAAAGAGAUCCGAGGCGAUGCACCCGACAGACUGGACCCCAGUGUGGCCUGAGAGCACUCGCGCCAAGGUCGGGUCCGUUUUGACUACGCUUCUCAUGGACUGCGCCAAGGUUCAGAUCCCCAGUUACGACCCCGAGACCAACGAGAGCAUUGUCGAGGAUAUCCCAGCAUUCUAUCACGCCUACCAGUACUCCAAGGGUCAGCGUAUCGGUGUCAUCAAGGUCCACAACCACAUCUCAGAGAUCCUCUCCAAGGAACCUGUCGGUGCUGUCAUCCAUCCGCGCCUGCUCCCCAUGCUGAUUCACCCUCGCCCUUGGUUGACUUACAACAACGGAGGUUACCUCAACGCUCAGUCGAUCAUCAUGCGUAUCCGUCACUGCCCUCAACAAUAUGACUACCUCAAGAAGGCUCACGAAGAAGGUCUUCUCUACCGUGUUUACAACGGUCUCGAUGUGUUGGGCCGCACCCGCUGGGCUGUCAACAAGAAAGUCCUGAACACUGUCCUUGAGGCAUGGAACACUGGCAAGGAGUUUGGAAAGAUUCCGGCUGCUGCAGGAGAGGUCGAAGAGCUCCCCAAGCCUGCCGAUUACGAGUCAAGCACCAAGGCAAAAUCCAAGUGGAUCGCCGAGAACCGCAAACUCAAGUUGGAUGCCAAGAACCACCACAGUUUGCGUUGUGAUGUCAACUACAAAAUCGAGAUUGCCCGUGCUUUUGCCGAUGACCCAAUGUACUUCCCUCACAACAUGGAUUUCCGUGGACGUGCGUACCCCAUUCCCCCACUGUUCAACCACCUUGGUAACGAUUUGUGCCGUGGUUUGUUGGUGUUUGAUGAGGCCAAACCUCUCGGCGCCAAGGGCUUUACCUGGCUCAAGAUUCAUUUGGCCAAUUUGGCAGGAUUCGACAAGCACUCACUCUCGGCCCGUGCUCAGUUUACCAUGGAUCACCUGGACGAGAUUUUUGACAGCGCCGACAAGCCUAUGGACGGCAGCCGUUGGUGGCUCAAGGCAGAGGAUCCCUGGCAGUGUCUAGCCACCUGUAUCGAGAUCACCGAUGCAAUCCGCAGUGGAGAUCCCGAGACAUUCAUGAGCAGAGUCCCUGUCCACCAGGAUGGAACCUGUAACGGUCUUCAGCAUUAUGCCGCCUUGGGAGGAGAUAUGGCAGGAGCUCAGCAAGUCAACUUGGUCCCCUCGGAUGCGCCUCAGGAUGUGUACUCUGGAGUCGCCAGAGCAGUCGAGCGCAUGCUUGAGACUCAGGCUGCUGGAGGUAUCGAGGCCGCUCAGAUGUUGGUUGGCAAGAUCAGUCGUAAGAUUGUCAAGCAGACCGUCAUGACCAACGUCUAUGGAGUGACCUUUAUUGGAGCCCGUGCUCAGAUCGAAAACAGGUUGAAAGAAACACCCGGUAUCCCUGAGGACCAAGUGCGCGGUCUCAGUACGUACUUGACCCAGCAAGUGUUUGCUUCGAUCGGAGAGAUGUUCACAGGAGCUCGUGCAAUUCAGGACUGGUUGGCAGAGAGUGCCCGCCGUAUUGCCAAGAGUGUGCCCAUGUCUGUGGUCAACCCCGAGACGGACGAAAUUCAGGAGAGCCUUCUCAACAAGCGCAAGAAGCAGACCUCUAAGCAAGCCAUUGCCGAUCAGCAGAUGACCAGUGUCAUCUGGACCACUCCCUUGAACCUUCCCAUUGUCCAGCCCUACCGCAAGAUGGAGCACAAGCAGGUCCGCACGAAUCUUCAGUCGCUGACGAUCAAGGAUCCUUCGCAGGCGAGCCCUGUCAAUGUUCAGAAGCAGAGGACGGCAUUCCCACCCAACUUUAUUCACUCGCUGGAUGCCACCCACAUGUUGAUGUCGGCUACUGGAUGUGUUGAGGCAGGUUUGACGUUUGCGUCUGUUCACGAUUCUUACUGGACACACGCCUGCGAUAUCGAGAUCAUGAACGAGGUCCUCCGUAACCAGUUCAUUGCUCUCCACAGCAACAACAUUAUGAAGAACCUCCAGGCCGAGUUCAUGGAGCGCUACAAGGACUACCUCUACCCCGUUACCUUGGUGAUCGCCAACCCUGGUGAGGAGGUGGGCGAGGGCAUGAUUGCCUGGGACGAUGAGCGUCUUCGUCGCAGGUACAUGAAGCCUGAAUCGACGACCAUGAGGGCAGAUGAGGAGUCGUCCGAGUUCUUGGCCGAUCCAGCUGAGCUUCUUGAUGAGCCCAUGACGACCGACUCGAACAAGAAGGCAAGGAAACCUAGGACGAGCAAGAAUGGCCCGUCGAAGAGCCCAGAGAAUGUGUUUGAGUUUGGCGAUGACGAGGAGGACGAGCACGAUUUGUCGAAUGUGAUGAUUGAUGAGGAUGAGGAGGAACUCGAGGCUGAGGCUCGGGCAAUGGGCAAGGCGUUGAGGAAGAAGGGUGGUGCGAUCAAGAAGAAGGCUGCCAACAAGCUGUUCCAUUCCUGGAACCCCAUCUCGUUCCCUCCUCUCCCCGAUAAGGGCGAGUUUGAUGUCCGCAACGUUGCCGAGUCUGACUACUUCUUCUCUUAG